GCCGUUGCAUCGAGAUCAAAUGGUUUAGAUUUUAAACUUAUAUUUUAGAGUUUAAAAGAAAAUUAAAAUUGCUUGUUUUAUAAACUGUUCAAUCUUGAUUCAAUGACCAUCGAUGUUCUGAGUGCAUGAAUAAGCGAGAUUGUUACUAUAGGGUAUCCAUAUCUUGGAAAUGUACACAGAAGAGUCAUGUGUUUUUUUCUCCUCUCAGGCUCUUCCUUUCAAGAGUACAGUACAUUGGAGUUGAAGUACUUCACUUCCAACUCUCAGCCAAAAAUAGUAGAAAGCUGAGGAAAAACAUUUCAAUGGUUCAGAGCAGAAGUACAUAUUAGCAUCAUUAUCAUCAACAAUCAUAUCAUGGUUUGAAAAAGAUAUUAGCAUAUAGCAUAACCAAAUCUAGAAGCUGAAGUUCAUCAAUUCAAUCAUACAGCAUGAGUACCAGUUUGUGUGUGCAAGUGCUAUUGGUGUGAAUCAUUGAAGAAAGACUCAGAUACUAAAAUCCAAGCUAUGAAUCUGUGCUACACAUGCAAGCAGCCUCUUGUGUAUGAUAUAUUUUCUAUCAUUGUCUAGCAUUGCAGAAAAUAAUGGUUUUGGUCAGAUUCAAUCAGACACAUUAUUCAAGUCUUCUGUUUCCUUGCAGCAAAUAAUGGUACCUUUGAAAGACCUAUAUACCCUACCCUAUGAAUUUAUUUUUGACCUACAUAAAAAUUAGAGGAAGUUUUUUUUUAUUAGGUGUAAACUACCGGCACAUUAUGCAUCAACCACUUGCACCAGACCUAGUAAUUCAUUAGAGGUUAUUGCUAAUUACUAAUUAAAGAAACAGAUUUUGCUUAAAGCGAUCUUUGAGGAGGUUAUCAUGUGUAUCUAUGGUGAGAACAGUUCUAAUCCAAAUUCCACAAACAGUUCAUUUUCCUAGCUAUCUUUGAAUUGAAAGAGUUCUUAUUCAUGGAAAGUGAUAGAGAGGAAUACCAAGGUUGUAGCAACCAGAUAGGAAUCUCUAGUAACAAACUCAAAAUCAAGAUUGCACCAAGUAGUAUCAAGAAACAAGGUGAAGACAAUACUUCAAAUUUACCUUCACCAAACACAAAAACUUCCAUAGAAUCAUCACCUUAUGAAUCACCUCUUGUUUCUCCACCUUCAUCAGCAUUUGUUUCAGCAUUGCAAUCUCCAUAUAUAUCUCCAAGAGCCACAAUUCCAAACCCUACUACUAGUACUAUUACUACAUCCACCUUCACCACUACAAAUCCUUCCACACCAGAAGAUGUUCCUAGUAGUUCCUACACCCCUCCUUCUGAUCCUUAUGAGUUUUCUGAUGACACUUCUGAUACAAAACUCAAAUUCAUGACAUGUGUUCCUGAAACAGUUCCUCCAAGAAUUUCAUUCUCAUUUCCAGUUCCUAGGGUUUCAUUUGCAAAAAGCUCUGUUUCCCCUGCUACCACUAACUCCAAACUUGGAAGCUGUGAUGUCUACAUUGGAUUCCAUGGACAAAAUCCGAGUCUUAUUCGCUUCUGCAAGUGGCUUAAAUCUGAGCUUGAGCUUCAAGGCAUUGAUUGUUUGCUUGCUGAUAGAUCAAAGUAUUCAGAUAUUCAAAGCCAUGAAAUUGCUGAUAGAGUCAUUUGCUCGGUCGCGUUUGGUUUGGUGAUCGUCACAAGUUCAAGUUUCCUCAACCGUUUAAGCAUGGAAGAGGUGAGAUUCUUUGCUCAAAAGAAGAACUUGAUUCCGAUAUUCUUUGAUACAUUACCUGCUGAGAUUAUGUCACUUCUUAAUUGCAAUUCAAUUGAUAAAGAAUGUAAAGAAGCGAUGGAUGGACUCAUCAAGUGCAAUGAGUUUUGUCUAGAGGCUAAUGAUGGUAAUUUAAGAAGUUGCAUAUCGAAAGUUUCGAGUAUUUUAAGAGCAAGACUUGGUAGGAAGAAUGUUGGUCAUAAGGAUAAUCAUAAUAUGCUAGGAUUUGAGAAUUCAUUACCUUUUCCGAGGAAUGCAUAUUUUGUUGGAAGAGAGAAAGAGAUUAUGGAAAUUGAAGGUUUACUUUUUGGAAGUAGGAAUUGUUGUGUGGAACAACAAGUUCAAGAUCAUUGUAGAGCAAGUGGUAGUGGACAAUCUGAAGGACUUGCAGAUGAAGAAAGUGAAACUACGGUUGGAAAAGGCGGUGGCGGAAGGUAUAUAAGCUUAGAGCUAGGGAGGAACAAAGAACCAAAUUUAGAGGCUUGGAUUGAACAACCGAUGAUAGGUAACAGUUCAUUGAAGAGAUUGAAGAAUAAGAAGUCAAAAAGUGGAAGCUACAACUACAAGAGUUUGUGUAGUAGUAGUGUGAUUUGCAUUAGCGGAGUUUCUGGAAUUGGAAAAUCUGAAUUGGCAUUAGAAUUUGCUCAUAGAUAUUACCAAAGGUACAAGAUGGUUUUGUGGAUUGGUGGUGAAGCUAGGAAUUUUAGACAGAACAUAUUGAACUUGUCACGAAAUUUCGGUUUGGAUGUUGGUGCUGAUUCCGAGAUUGAAAGGGGUCGAAUUCGCAGCUUUGAAGAGCAGGAACUCGAAGCAUUCAAGAGAAUCAAGAGGGAGCUUUUUGGUGAUACACCUUACUUGUUGAUAAUUGAUAAUCUUGAGAGUGAAGAGGAAUGGUGGGAAGGAAAAGAUCUGUAUGAUUUGAUACCGAAAAACAACACAGGAGGGACUCAUGUUAUUAUUACUACAAGGCUAUCCAAGGUAAAAAACUAUGAUACCAUUCACCUUCCUCCAUUGCCAUUAUCUGAUGCAAUGAUUUUGAUAAGAGGAAGAAAAAGAAAAGAGUAUUCAACUGAUGAGGUAAAUUUCCUUGAAAAGUUCUAUGAGAAACUUGGUAGGUUGAGUUUUGGUUUGAUGGUGGUUGGUUCAUUGUUAUCAGAACUUGGAAUUAGUCCUUCUGCACUCUUUGAGGCUAUAAACCAAGUUUCACUCAAUGCAGAUUCAAGAUCUUGUUGUAUUAGUAUGGCACAAGAACAAUGGUGCAAGAACAAUCCUUUCCUCAUGAAGACACUCCUUUUUUGUUUAGAAACUUUGGAGAAAACUAAAGAAAAAGGGAAUUUUCUUGCUAUAAGAAUGCUUCUUGUCGGUGGUUGGUUUUCUCCUGCUCCAGUUUCAGCAAAUUUGUUAGCCAAUGCAGCAAAGAGUUUAUCAACAAAUGAAAAUCAUCUCAAGAAGUGGACAAACUGUAUGAGCCUAACAUCGAGUUGUUUUGUAACGUCGCGGACGUGGAAAGACGAAGAAGAUUCGGCCGCGCUUCUUGUGAGGUUUGGACUAGCGAAAAGGACUAAUCUACAUGAUGAUGGAUGUUGGCUUCAUUUCCAUUCCAUUACACAAACAUUUUCUAAGAGAACAGGUGGUUUGAAAUUCGCAAAGGCUGCAAUUCAAGGAGUAAGAAAAAUGAACAACCAUGCAAUCUCGGAUCAUUUAUGGGAAUCAGCUUUUCUUGUUUUUGGAUUCAAAUCCGAGCCUCCUGUUGUGGAGCUAAAGGCGACCGACAUGGUUUUAUACAUCAAAAGAACAGCUCUACCACUCGCGAUUCAAGCGUUCACUGUGUUUUCAAGAUGCAAUUCGUCUUUGGAACUCCUAAAAGUUUGCACCAAUGCACUUGAAGAAGUUGAAAAGUCCUUUGUGACUCAAAUUCAAGAUUGGUCUCAUGACUCAAUUUGUUGGAAAAAAAGGUUGCAAAGAAGACAAAAAGUAGAUGAAUAUGUUUGGCAAGAUGUUACCUUAUUGAAGGCAACAUUACUUGAGACAAGAGCUAAGUUGUUAGCUAGAGGAGGACAUUUAGACAGUGGUAAGGAACUUUGCAGAACAUGUAUCAGUAUUAGAACUGUGAUGCUUGGACAUAACCAUGCACAAACCUUGGCUGCUCAAGAGACAUUGGCAAGGUUGGUGAGAAUGAGGAGUAAGAUAUGAACAUGAACAUGCAUGUUUUGUUACACCAUUUGUCUUGUUCAUUUACAUUUAAACUUCAUACAUGACACCACUUGUAGUGGAGAUGUAAUGUUACUAUGGUAAUGUAGAUUGAAUAAUGAUCAAAUUUCGUUCUUGAAACCGUCUU